AUGACGACGAUUCCAAGCCGCUUGGCCCAGACCACACAGAUUUCGAGGACGCUCGAGGAGGCACGAAAGCGCUCUACAGCGCUGUAUCGCAACUUUUACCGCUCUGCCCCCGAGAUCUGCGCACUGUACGCUCUGGAUGUGCCUCCUUCGACGCUGCGCGCCAAGUUCCGCACGCAGUUCGAGAAGAACAAGACGGUGAGCGACAUUGCAGUGCUUGAUUUGAUGUUGCUCAAGGCACAGCAGGAGUACCAGGAGACAAUGAACGGCUGGAAGCAAGUUCCUCACAUCAUGAAGUGGUUCGCUGAAGAAGAGGCACCGGCACGACCUGAAGGUUUCUUGGAAAAGUUCUACGCCUCUCGAGACGAGGGACGAGGACCCGUCGGCACGGGCAUCUGA